CAAAUACAGGGGAAGCUCUUCUAAAGCCGCGCGGUAGCUGACAGUUUGUGUUGUUUUCGAAACUGAAUCCAAUCAAGGAAUUUUUCAAAAGAAGUGGGUGGAAAGAUGAGGACAAAUCUCUUUUGAACAUCUUUGAUUUCUGACACAACUUUACUUUUAAGCUUUUCACUCACAGCAGCAUCCCGCAGCUCAGUAAGAGGACUGCUCGUCUCUGUUAUGUGGAUGUACAAACUUGUGACAGCUGCAGAAAUUCAGCACCUGUGCUAAGCUGACGCCAACCGCCGGCUUCUUGUUCUCGCUGUUAUUCUUUCGCGGAUGAUUAUUUCAGCGUAGUUUUUAGAUUUUUGAUCGCGUUCGCCAUGCUGGAGCACCUGCCGUGCGUCCGCAUCGACCCUGCCCCUUUCAAGCCUCAACCAAUCAGCAGCAGCAUGGAUGAGAGGGCCAUACGCUUUGAGUUAGAACGCCAGGCCUGCCAGAGUCUGAGACAAGUUCUUCAGCUGAAGUUGCAGCAGAGAAGGACCAGAGAAGAACUGGUCAGCCAAGGAAUCAUGCCCCCGCUGAAAAGUUCGGCCACCUUCCAGGAACAGAGGCGGAGCUUGGAACGAGCUCGGACUGAGGACUACCUCAAGAGGAAGAUCAGGAGUCGGCCAGAGAAAACCGAACUGAUCAGGAUGCACAUCUUGGAGGAGACGUUAGCAGAGCCAUCGCUUCAGGCCAAGCAGCUGCAGCUAAAGAGAGCUCGCCUCGCCGAUGAUUUGAACGAUAAGAUUGCCCACCGACCGGGUCCCAUGGAGCUGAUCCACAAGAACAUCCUGCCAGUUCACUCCAGCAUUAAACAGGCCAUGAUAGAGACGCAGUUUCCGAAAGCCUCAGGAGAGAACUCGUCAUGCGAUGAGGAUAGUAAUGACAGUCUGUCACCAGGACAGCCAGUCAGCCAGGAGUGUCCUCUAGGCCUGGGAACUGUGCCGUCUCCACUGGAGGCACUGGCUCGAGGCAGCAUCCCAUCUCCAACACAGGUCCCUUCCACGGCUCCUCCACUUCCACCCGUCUCCAGUUCCUCCAAUACUGUGGAUGGGACGGUGGUGUCAUCGGUCCAGAGAGCUGGUGCCAACUCUCACAUCAAGCCUAAACCGAAGUCUGACCACGCUGCCCAGAGACACAAGAAAACCAAGGACAGCAAGCCAAAGAUAAAAAAGUUAAAGUACCAUCAGUACAUCCCUCCUGACCAGAAGGGAGAUAAAGAGCCUCCCCCCCAUCUGGAUUCAUCGUAUGCCAAGAUCCUCCACCAGCAGCAGCUUUACCUGCAGCUGCAGAUCCUCAGUCAGCAGCAGCAGCACUACAACUAUCACGCCAUCCUGCCCGCACCACCCAAACCUCAGACAGAUCAGCAGCCACCUUCCUCCUCCAACUCGACCUCCUCCCCACCUCGACCUGCUGCCACACCUUCAGCCUUCCCUUCUAGCCAGCGCAACCACAGCUCCGUUCCCUCAAAUGGAGCCAAACCAGCAUCCCUGCCUCCAAACCUGGAUGAAAUGAAGGUGGUGGAACUGAAGUCUGAAUUGAAGCUGCGUAGCUUGCCCGUCUCCGGCACUAAAAACGACCUCAUCGAGAGGCUGAGGACCUACCAGGAGCUGAACGGAAGCGGUGACACUACCUCCUCUCCGACAGCAGGGGGUACCGCAGGGCCAGGGGCUGAAGGAGCAGGAAGAGCCUCCGAAAAUGCUGCAAAUAACAGCACAUCACAACAGCAGGGGUUUCAGUGGCAUCCGACGUCUUCUCUGAGCAGCCAAUCAGAUGCAGGUAGCAAUGCAGAGACACCACAGCAGCACCUCCCCACCUGUGGCGGUACUCUCGCCCUGUCACCCGUCUCCCUCACGCCCUGCGACCGCUCACCAGCCGCCACCAGCCCAGAAGAUACCGGCUUCAGCAGCGACCCCCUGGGGGAACUGAUGAGUUCACCUCUCACCCAGCUGAGCCUUCAGCCAUCUUCAGCUGCUCUGCUCCCCACUAGCAUUAAAGAGGAGACCCGGUGCUCCACCCCAGCACCUUGUCAGUUCUCCUUAAAGUCUGCCUCGCUGCAGAAACUGUGCUCGGUUUCUCCAGCCACCCCUUCCACCACAACCGUGGCUCCAGUAGUGACUGUUGACAAGGACAGAAUGCUGCAGGAGAAAGAUCAGCAGAUAGAGGAGCUGAGGAGGAUGCUGAGGCAGAAGCAGAAGCUGGUGGAGGUGCUGAAGAUGCAGCUGGAACACGGCAGCAGAGAAGGUCAGAGUCCAGAGUCGCAGAUUCUUCUAAGAGUGAAAGAAGAACCUCCUGAUAAGCCCGGUGUUGCUCUUUCAACCGGCCAUCCUCCAUUUCCCCCUCAGGCAUUGCAUGAGAUGGAUGUUACAGUCGUGACUGUCAAACAGGAAGCCAUGGAGGAAGAAGAAGUUGCAUCUGAGACAACUGUCCAAUCACCAGACACUAAUGGAUUACUGCAGCCUUUGACCCAAACUCAGGAGUCGCAGGAGCAGAUUCAGCUGCAGCUCAAGCCAGAGCAGAAGAUCGCACAGAACAAACAAGAGCAUGUUUGUCUCCAGCAGACUGCUCUGCAGCUGGAUCAGCAACAGGCCAUACAGAAGCUCCUGCUGCAGCAGCAGCACAACAUUCAGAAGCAGCAGCACAAACUUCAGAACCACAAUCAGUUGCUGGAAAAUCAGCAGAACCUGCAGAAACUUUGCCAGCAGAGAAAGAAGAAAUGUCAAAAACUGCAGCAGCAGAAGCAAGCGGCUCAUUCGCAACAUCACCAGCAGUCGAAAUAUCUGCAGCAGAUGCAACUGAAGGAGCAGAUUCUGCUGAGGCAACAAAAGUCGCUGCUACAGCAGCAGUUGAAGCAGCAGCAGCAGACGAAACAACUGCAGAAAAUCCAGAUACAGACCAAAAUACAUGUGAAGCAGCAGCAGGUGCUCGUGCAGCAGAAACAGCAAACGCAGCAGCAAUGGCCACAGGUGCCUCAAGCAUACCUCCACCAACAGCCAGGCUCAGCCCUACCUUUCUCUGUGGAUCUGCUUAAAAGCGACUCCGCUCCAACGCUGGUCACUGACAGCAACGGCAACCACUUCCUGAUUGCACUGACCAGUCACGUCGCUGGAAACCAAAAAACUGACGCCUGUGAGGGAAAAGCAGCUAAUCACAUUAUGCUGCAGCGACUGCAGUCGACUCCAGCCAAACUCCACAACCCUGUUCAGCUGACCUGGGCCAAUAAUAAAGCCAAACAGAGCGACCAUGUGGGACUUUUAAAGCAACAAAACACAAAGAUGCAGAAUGGGGCACUUAAGGUAUCAAUAGACAAAGCAUACCAGGGAGCAGCUCAGAGUUUGUCAGCACCACCCAGUCUGCAGCCUUUCUUCAAGGACCAGGAAGCUGUUUCCUUGGGGAGAAACGCCCCGUCGCCUUUUUCUCAAACCGAGGUGUGCCCAAGUCUGGAUGUCUUUUUUAGUCCCCAUUCUCCGGCUCCUAUUACCACGGCAGCCUCGUCGCCCGAUGAUAAAGAUUCAGAGCAUGAAGAUGAUUUCGUUGACAUCAUUUUGCAGACAGGAGACAUGCACUCCACCUUCACCCCUGCACCAGACCCCUCUCUGGACCACCUCAGUCUCGACUUCUCCCCUCCUCCCUCACCUCUCCACCUGUUGCUGUCUCCCCCCAGCUAUGACACUCCUCAACCCGCCUCCUCCGCGCUGCCCGAGCUGCCGGCCGACGCCACGGCAGAGAAGCAACGUCUCGUCCAAGCCAGGGACGGACGUCUGGAGGACUUCUUGGAAAGCACCACGGGAAAGCCUCUCCUGGGGGUGGAGCCUGGUGGGCUGCUCACUUUGAUCGAUGACCUCCACAGUCAAAUGCUGUGCACAUCCAGCAUCCUGGACCAUCUGCCGUCGCCCAUGGAUACGUUCAGUGUGACGGCGGAGGCGGAGCAGGGGCUGGACAACAUGGACUGGUUGGAUCUUACCGUGGGAGGACAGAAGGAGGAGGAAACUCCCACACUGGCCCCUCUGGGACCCCAAACACCCCCUAGUGUCUUUUCCACAGACUUCUUGGAUAGUUAUGACCCACACAUACACUGGGACUCCUGCCUAUAGCCCAUAGCAGUCUGAAAACUAAUAUCCAACAUGGAGCUGCAUGCACACUGACAUAAAUUGAUUGCUGAGGUAUUUCAUUACAGCACUCUGUAUCUUCUCACGCACUGCUAUAUCGAGUCUUCAAGCACUUUGACCUUUGUUUGUUUUAGUUACACACUGCUAUAUUGAUUUCUGUGCACUUAUUAGGCAGGUCCUAUAUCUGUUCUUGCUUCUUAAGCGAACAUUUUGUUGAGACGUGCGGACUUUUGCGGUUUUAGCUGGUGUCUUUCUCUCUUCUUGCCUUUCUUUUCUUUUGUACAAACGCAGAAACUAACAACGGCCUUAUUUGACGUUUUUCUCAUUAGGAUGCAAACACCUUCUUAGCUGCCUUUUGUAGUGAAGGUAAUCAAUAUUUUACCACAACAUGAAAAGGGCAUCGGUAAUCAAUAACCAAAGUUAAGGUGAAAGACAACGAUUUCCUGAAACAUAAUAGUUUGUAGGGCGUAACAGAGAUGCUACGUGAUUAUAAUGUUAAAAGUGUAAUUGGAGGUGGUUAAUGUUGAAUGUUGACAGCUGCUGUGUAUGUAGUUCCAUGUUUACUAGACAUAUGCGGUUAUUGCACAGGUUAUAUAGCCAUGAAAGUGUUACUACAUGAAUGAAACUGGCAUUACAUGCAUAAAGUGUGCAAACUAUGGAACUAAUGUAGAUUCACUCCAGAGAAAAAGGGCUAUGCAUAGUGCUCAUUUUUAAAGUUUCAUGAUGGUAUUUGGAAAACAACUCCAAAACAAGACGCAUGAAAUGUUUGAAUUUGCUUUAUUUACUUUGUGCUGCUAAUUAAAAAUCAAGUGCAAAGUGAAUUUGAACCCAAAAUAUGAUUCAUCAAAUCAAAGUAUUUGCUGAUAGUGUGCAAAUUAUGAUCAUUUUAAAGGUUGCAUCGGGAUUUUUUUCUGCAACCUUGAUCUUGCAGUGCAGUAACGUUACAUCACCCUGAGGGACGUAUGGAAAACAUCAGCGCACAAAACUUCCUCUGGCAUUAACUUAAUGGAAGGAAUAACUUUCCAGACAGUUGCAAGAAACAAAUAUUGAACAGCUUUCUCUUGCAGAAAGAUAGUUGUGAUCCUAAAUGUGAGGUACAUAUUAAAACUGUGAUUGAAUAUGUGAAAGCUUGUUAAUAAGCUUGAUUCAUGAAGAUAUGAUUUAAGGAAGAAAAUUAUUGAUUUAAAUAUUAUCCUUGAUGAUUUAAUUCAUAACCAAAGUUCUUCUGAAGAAGUGUGAAGUAUAAACAACUCGUCAGUUUUUAAUGCUUUAAUAUGUCCUGUUGACUUUGCCACAAUUUAAAAGAAAACACAAAAAACGAUGUCAAAAUUUGGCAUUUUCAAUAUAUUAUGGGAAGCCAAGGGUUGUUUUAUUUAUUUUUUUAAUGGACUUGAUUCUAAUUUAUAGUAUGUACACUGUGAAAGUCUUUACUUUUUGUAUGUUUUGUGUGUGAAUGGUUUGGUAUUCAGUCUUCAGAAUGUUAACUACAUGAGCUGCACAGCUUCAUGUAAAUUCUCCAUCUCUACUCACAAUUACAUUAUAAAAACUUUUUGGUGGUCAUUUUUGACACUUGCCAUUCUGUAAUUUCACUCCACUUUUCGCUGCAUUUGUUCUAACAGAUAAACACACAUGUAAUAUAAAAAAAGGAGAAACUCCUGCAGCUUUAUGGAUCCCUGAAAAAUGAUUCAGUUGGAUGAAAUUCCUUCCUCUUAAGGACUUUGAAAUUAUUUUUGUUGGUUUUUUGGCUGUCCUGUACUGUAUCAGUACUUACGCCAGAAGAAAUUGUAUUCAAGUGCUUUGCGUCUUUGAGUUUUUAUAGUGCUGUAAUAUAAACGUUUAGACUCAUCAUAAGACACAUUUGUUUGUAGAGUUUUUGCUAUAUUUGCAUUGUAAUACAGAUUUAUGUACACUGA